AUACCUCCUUCAUAGCAGCUUACGUGCAGGGGAAGCUGUAGAGAAAGGUGUGUGAAUAUGGAUACAAACAGGGAUCGUUCUUAGAACAUGACAUGUUUUUAUUACACUUGGAUUACAAAUGCUGAUUUCUGUGUACAAUUCUUUGGAGGGAUUUGUGUAUGAUCCACAAAAUCAGAUGGCAACACAACUAUGGAUACCUGUAAAUGGCAGUAGUGCUUCAACAGUGGAGAUAUUGUAAAAAAAAUCUUUGAUUUUGUUGCAGAUCAAAAACUUUCUAGUCAGACCAUUCCAGAGGGAUUGAAAAGGACAGCAGUUUAACGUAAGAUAGUGUUGGCUGAUACACCUGACAGAGAAAGGAAAACAUACUGCUUUUCAUCUGGUAACACAACACGCUUUGCGUGCAUCAACAGUGGAGAUAUUGGAAAAAAAUCUUUGAUUUUGUUGCAGAUCAAAAACUUUCUAGUCAGGCCAUUCCAGAAGGAUUGUAAAGGACAGCAGCUUAACGUAAGAUAGUGUUGGCUGAUACACCUGACUGAGAAAGGAAAACAUACUGCUUUUCAUCUGAUAACACGAUUUGCGUGGUCGAAUGGAGAAGUCUACAAAGUCACAUACUGACAAUUGAUUUCAUGUUGACGUGAAACCUCUGCAUACGUCAUGUCCAUUAGAAGAUUGACUAGAAAACAGCUGAAAUUUUUCAGAGUCAAAGUUAUGACGUUGGAUUCUGAGAUAGAAUUAAACUGCAAGAUGAACUGGAAAGGUUCAGUCCUGUUUGGUUCGGUAUGUGAAACUUUGGGGUUAAAGGAAUCUUGGUUCUUUGGCCUGCAGUUUACUUCAAAUGGGAUGGACACUUGGCUGAAGCUGGAUAAGAAAAUAUUACAGCAGGAUCUACCCAAAGAAGAGCCCACAAAGUUCCGUUUUUUAGCCAAGUUUUACCCUGAAAAUGUUGCUGAGGAGCUGGUGCAAGACAUCACCCGUCAUCUGUUCUUCCUACAGGUAAAGAAACAGAUUUUGGAUGAAGAGAUCCAUUGUUCACCUGAAGCAUCUGUUUUAUUGGCUUUAUAUGCCCUCCAAGCAAAGUAUGGAGACUACAACCCAAAUAUUCACCAGCCUGGUUUCCUCUCCAAAGAUGAGCUUCUGCCACAACGAGUUCUGCAGCAGUAUCAAAUGACUUCAGAAAUGUGGCAGGAAAAAAUAACAGCAUGGUAUGCUGAACACAGAGGAACUGACAGAAAUGAAGCAGAAAUGAACUACCUGAAAAUUGCUCAAGACUUGGACAUGUAUGGCAUGAAUUACUUUCCCGUCUUAAUUUAUUACCAGCAAGCCAAUACAGACUCUGCAAUCCUGCUUGGAGUUAAUGCAAAGGGUAUCCACAUCUUUAGCAAAAAUAAUAAAAUAAUGCCAUCAAAAUCUUUCAAAUGGGGGGACAUCAGCAACAUUUCCUACAAUUAUAAGAGGCUGAAGAUUGCACCCAUUAACAGAAAGGAUGGCGUUUUCAAGUUUUAUUCUCCAGAAGAUAAAGUCAAUAGAUUGAUUCUGGAUCUCUGUAUUGGAAACCAUAACUUGUUUAUCACAAAAAGAAAAGUAGAUUCAAAAGACAUCCAACAGAUGAAAAAUCAAGCCAAACUAGAAAGGACAAGAAAAAAGAUAGAGCACCAAAAUUUAAUAAGAGAAAAACAACUCCGUGAAGAUGCAGAGAGAGCUAAAGAUGAUAUAGAGAGAAGGCUCUUUCAGCUAGAAGAUGAAGCAAGGCAAGCUAACGAAGCACUGAUUCAUUCGAAUGAAGCUACUGAACUAAUGGCAGAGAAAGCACAAAUCGCCGAGGAGGAGGCCAAGCUUCUUGCUCAAAAUGCAGUUGAAGCAAGGCAGGAGAUGCAGCGCUUGGAGAUAGCCGUACUCAGUAGUAAAGAAGAACUGCAACUGAUGGAGCAAAAGAUGAGAGAAGCUGAUAUGAUAACAGUAAAACUUAUGAAGGAAUCAGACAGACGAGCCAAAGAGGCUGAGAAGUUAGAGCAAGACCUUCACAAAGCAAGGGAAGCAGAACUCAUUGCAAAGCAAAGACUGAUGGACCUGAGUUCCCUUUGCGAACCUCUGGUAGCAAAAUGUUUUCCCCCAAAUGUCACAGAUGGAGUUACAGAUAACAGAAUAAGUCUUGAUGCCUCUGACACAGAUAUUAAACGAUUAUCAUUGGAGAUAGAAAAAGAAAGAUUGGACUAUCUUGAAAAGAGUAGGCAGAUUGAAAGUCAGCUGAAUGAACUCAAAACUGAACUCCGGACUCUGAAACGGGAGGAUCGUCAGCUGAGUCUCCAGUCUUUGUGGAAUGGUACUUUUAGAUCCAAAGAUCACUUCCAUGAUACACUUUGGAUGGAAACAUAUGGGGAACAAUACAGAAGCCCUUUAUUUACAACCCCAUCUUUACAAACAAUGAGUACAGUGUCUGGCAGCCCAGAUUGGGGUAACAAUGACAUAAGAACUCAACCGUUGCUCACACAGUCAAGCUUCAGUCUUGGAAGAGCAUCCAAAAGAAAUAUAAGACAGGCCAAUAAGAAUGAAUUUGAUGUAAUAUACAUCUGAAGACAGAAUGGCAGCUGUUCAGUAGCCAUUUGGAAACAACUUUCACUGCUGGGACUAUGAUCUCACAUUAAUAAACCACAAGCACUGCUAAGCCAUUCAAUUUACCUGGACAAAAUUACAGACAGGCUGUAUCUUGUAGAUUAGACUUGUUAUUCUAAAAAGGAAUCCCAUAAAUAAAUAAUAAACUGUUAUAUUUUAGGAGUCACCUGAAAUAAUCCAAUAAUCUAAACUUCAUGAUAUUGUGGACUGACUUUCACCAAGAGGAAAAUAUGUUAUAUUAAAUAUCUCACAACCCCCUGAGUCUCAUCUUCAUCCUCACAUUGUACAGCUAAUAUGUUUUGUUUAUAAAUGUUAUUGCUGGGUUUUUUUUUUUAUUUCCUUGUUUUUUUUCCACAAAAAUAAAGAUUAAAAAUGCAGUCUGGUC